AUGGACCGCAACAAGAAUAAUCAACCUUCAUCAUCGCAGCAUCAGUCAUCUUUAGCCUACCACCAAGCUCCUAGUACUAGCACCCCCACUGCACAGACCGCACCAGUUUCUUAUCACUCCAACACUGUAACUAGCCCCCCCUCUGUCCCCAACGCCCCAGUGUCCAACGAAAGCACGGCCAGUGCGAACGUCCGUAUCACCCGCGCACAGCACAGGCAAGCUUCAUCUUCCAGCGCUGCCACCUCCGCGGAAGCACCUCCACCUGCGACUCCCACGCCAGUCCUUCCUCGUCGCUCCGCGCGUCUUUCCUCCAACUACAACCAAGCUUCACCCGAGCAGCAGUCGACGCCUUCUAGCAAGGGUAAAGCUGAUCCUUCUUCCUCCUCUACGUCCUCCUUAUCCGCCGACCGCAAGGGCAAGAAACGAGCCACCCGAGAACCUACACCUCCACGCUCCGACCCGGCGGAGGACGCUGAACCGGCCCCCAAGCGUUCCAAGAAGAGCCCAGCGAAGCGCGGCAAGGGCAAGGCUAAAGCGACCCCGAAGCCAAAGAUGCCCAAGAAGACUGCCGGAAAGAAGGGCGACACUUCAGCCCGCCAGCUAAUCGACGACAAUAUGGACGAGGACGAGCACCACUGGGGCGAGUCUACGUCCGCUUUCCUCGACGAUGAGCAUUACCGCGAGGAUGAGGACAUGGACGAGUCAGACCACGACGAGGACGAGGAAGACGACGACGAUGAAGACGAGCACCGCGGGUCAUCGGCGUACGAUCGCUUGGCUCGCCUGGCAGAUGGCGCCAUGUUUGACGAGGCUACGGCUGCCGCCCUGUUCGGUGGCGAAUACCGCGCAUUCGGCGGGUUCAUGUCUGGCCUGUCUAGCAGGUUCAAGCGUCUCAAGGAGAAUCUUCGCUCAUCAAAGACCUCUAAGCGUCUCGCCGCCCUUCGAGAGUGCAGUGAUCUGCUCCUGGUCUCAAACGAGGACACGCUCGGUGCCUCUUUCUCGACUUCUGCGUUUGCCACCGAGUUCAUUGCAAUUUUGAGCGGAAAGCCCAACAUUGAUUCCCAGCGUGACGGUGACGAGCAGAUGGGGGAGUCUGACGAGAUGGAUGAGGACGCUCAGCUCGCUGCUGCCCUCGCGAUGAGCGCAGGCGAUGCCUUCCCAGAGGGCGGAUCAGGAAGACAUGGAGUGCCAGCUGUUGGCCUGCCGCUGUCUGGCUCACCUCAUGGAGGCGUUGCCUGGCUCUGGGCACACGCUGGUCCACCUCGGUGCUGUGCCCGUUCUGUGCUCCAAGCUGAACGAAAUUUCGUACAUUGA